UGUUGACCACGCCGGCCACCGCUACGGACCCGACCACCCCGAGAUGGCCAAGAAGCUACAGCAGAUGAACACGUUUAUCAAGGAUCUAGCGUCCAACAUUGACGAUGACACUCUGUUGAUCGUCAUGGGUGACCAUGGUAUGGACAGCAAGGGAGAUCAUGGCGGGGAGAGCGAGGAUGAGGUCGAGGCUGCUCUGUGGAUGUACUCUCCCAAGCCCGUGUUUGGCAGGACCAAGCCCGAGUAUGUCACUCCCCCGGCCACCGCCAAGACUCGCCCCGUCAACCAGAUCGACCUCGUCCCGACUCUGGCGCUGCUCAUGGGUAUCCCCAUUCCUUACAACAACUUGGGUCACCCGAUCGAGGAGGCCUUUGUUGGUCCUCGCGGCACUGCCUGGGACAACUUGGCUGCUGCGGAGCGCAUGGCUGCCGCUGGCAUCAAGCGUUACCAGACGUCGUACUUCUCUGCCCGCGGAAUCGAGCAGGCUACGACCCCCGGUUCGCCCGCUGAUUUGUGGGAUAAGGCUGAGGCUUUGGUUCCCAAGGGCAAGGUCAAGAAGGGCCACAGCUGGGAGUCUGUGUUCUCGGCCUAUGCCGAGUAUCAAAAGGAGACUCUGGACUACUCCAAGAGCCUUUGGGCCAGGUUCGAUGUCAAGAGCAUGAUCAUUGGCAUUAGCAUCAUGGCGUCCGGCGUCAUUGCUCUUCUUGUCUACAUCAACAAACGUUCCGAAGACGACGACGUCUUGGUGAUCGAGGACUCCGAGCUUGAGAAUGCCGAGAAGAGCCUGGAGCUACAGGGUAUCACCGCUGACGAAGGCCAAAACCUUGAGAAGCGUCUGGUCCGUGCCGCCAUGCUGGGAGCCCUGCCGGGCUUCUUCGGCGGACUUCUGCAAUCCUACCUGUCUGGUAAUGGCGAUUGGUAUCGCGGUUCGGCCAUCGGUGCGUUCACCAGUGUCGCAACCGUCUUGGUCGCUCUUUACGAUGCAGAGGGUUCCUAUUUUAACGUCCUCCCUACUACUCUUUGGGGCUGGAUGGCCGUGGUCUUUACCAUCAGCCAGUCUAUCGGCUUCGCCUCCAACUCGUACACCAUCUGGGAGGACUCGAUCCAGCUCUUCCUGAUGACCACCUUCGGUCUCGUCACGGCCGUCUCUGCUUUCCGCAUGGAAUCGCUUCCGGACCGGUACAUGACCAUCUACCACUCCAUCCUCUUCGUCCUGCUCGGCCGGCUCGCCUCCUUCUCCAAGCUCUGCCGCGAGGAGCAGAUGCCGUACUGCACGUCGACGUACUACGCCAGCGCCACCUCCUCGACCUCGGCCCCCUGGCAACUAGCCAUCCCCUUCAUCGCCGUCAUGAUCCUCCCCUCCAUCAUCAAGGCCUACCUCGCGCCCUCCAAGUCCUACGAGGGUCUCGCCCCGACCUGGAUCGGCUACGUCUUCCGCGCCGGCCUCUUCUUCUCAGCCAUCUACUGGGUCCUCGACGCCGCCGACAACGGGCAAUGGCUCUCCUCUCUCUCCUCCUCCUUGUCCUCCUACCUCCCCUCCUCCGCCUCCGACGCCCUCUCCUCCCUCCCCCCUCUCCCCGACAAGGCCCUCAAGACCCUCUCCGUCUACACCGCACAAAUGAUCCUCGGCCUCGCCCUCGUCGCCGGCUCCACCGCCUUCGUCUGGGCGCCCCCUUGCAUCUCCAUCGUCACCACCACUCUCCGUAACUCUCCCAACAACCCGCUCGCCGCCAUCCCCGGCGCCGCGGAACAAACCGCCCAAGUCACCGUCUUGGGGUACGGCAACGCCCACGGCGCUCGCUACCUUUUACUACCACUCAACUUCUUCGUCGCCCUCUUUUUGGUCUCCAAACCCAUGGGCGCGGGAGCGCUAGCCCUAACCCUCUGGCAAUCCCUCUCCCUCCUCGAGAUCCUCGAUUUACUCAAUCUCCCAAUCGGCUCCAACCCCAUCGGCCCCGUCAUGCUCGCUCUCCUGGGCCAAAACGCCUUUUUCAAGACGGGCCACCAAGCCGUUUUGUCUUCCAUCCAAUGGGACAGCGCCUUCAUCCCGCUUUACAGCAUCAAAUACCCCUGGUCUCCCCUCCUGGUAAUUCUCAAUACCUUUGCCGGCCAGAUCUUAGCAACGAUCUUGGUGCCCAUGCUCGUCCUCUGGAAGUCUGGACCUAAGAGACGCGGACUGCUGGGGAGCGUGUCCAGAGCGUUGGCGGUUUUCGUGGCGUUUUAUGCGACGGAGGCGUUGGCGACUAUGAUGUGGGCUGGACAUCUGAGGAGGCAUUUGAUGCUUUAUCGGGUGUUUAGCCCCCGGUUUAUGACGGCGGCGGUGACGCUUUUGGUGGUGGAUGUGGUGGCGGUUGUGGUGGGGUUGGCGGGCGUGAGGGUGAAUGUUAUGAGUGUGGCGGAGGUUUUUGGGUGGGCUGAUUAAGUGAAAGGGAUUGGAUUGGAGUGUAUGAGAAUGAAAGUGAAAUGUUGAUGUUGAUGUUGUUACAUGACUGAGUCUUUUUGGCAUAUAUAGAAUGGUUAAUUGGGUGGUUUGGGUGGGUGGUUUGGGUUUGAUAUAAAAAGGUUUUAACGUAGUGGAUGGGGAUGGAAUGCACGAGGUAAAAUGUUUCUGUAUGCAACAAAAUGACAAGAGAAGUGUCAACUGUAAAUAGUACCUAAUAUCAAUCAGACCAGGUACGAAAAACACGGGGACGAAAAAGACAGGGAAGCAGGGGAAUAUGGUACCAUGACUGUUCUGCGGUUGUAUCAAGCAUAAACACAUCCCUGGUUGAGAUGGUCUUUGUCAAGAGUCGACGAGACAAUGCCAC